GCCCCGGGGGGCGGGGUGGGGCGCGCUAGGGUGCGGGGAUGAGUCUAGUGGGCGGCUUCCCCCACCACCCGGUGGUGCACCAUGAGGGCUACCCCUUCGCCGCCGCCGCUGCCGCCGCCGCCGCCGCCGCCACCCGCUGCGGCCACGAGGAGAACCCCUACUUCCACGGCUGGCUCAUCAGCAGCCACCCGGAGAUGUCCCCCCCCGACUACAGCAUGGCUCUGUCCUACAGCCCCGAGUACGCCAACGGGGCGCCGGGCAUGGACCACUCCCAUUACGGGGGGGUGCCGCCCGGGAGCGGCCCGCCCGGGCUCGGGGGGCCCCGGCCGGUGAAGCGCAGGGGCACGGCGAACCGCAAGGAGCGGCGCAGGACUCAGAGCAUCAACAGCGCCUUCGCGGAGCUGCGGGAGUGCAUCCCCAACGUGCCCGCCGACACCAAGCUCUCCAAGAUCAAAACCCUCCGCCUGGCCACCAGCUACAUCGCCUACCUCAUGGACCUGCUCGCGAAGGACGACCAGAACGGGGAGGCGGAGGCCUUCAAGGCAGAGAUCAAGAAGACAGACGUGAAGGAGGAGAAGAGGAAGAAAGAGCUGAACGAAAUCUUGAAAAGCACAGUUAGCAGCAACGAUAAGAAAACCAAAGGGAGGACUGGCUGGCCGCAGCAUGUCUGGGCUUUGGAGCUCAAGCAGUAAGCACGGCAGGACUGGAGGAGCCGUCCUCUCAGUCUCGGUAGCGAGCUCUCCUCUGAGGACUCUUUGUAUUUGGAAUCAUCCAGUUUAUUUAUGUGCAAUUUCUCCCCCCACCCCCCCCAAAAUGUGGAUAUUUGAAGGAGAGGGAAAAAGCAUUCCAUAUAUGAAUAUGAAGAGGAAACUCCAGCUUGGUAAGGGGUAACGUCUCUAAUAGUUUCGUGAAUGUUAUUUGCUCUGUAUAAAACACACGGGGAAAACA